AUGGAUUCCAGUCGACGUCUCAGAAACUACAAGUGUCACGAGAAGUUUUUCUUGUCUUUUAGCAGAAUGAAAGAUCCUCUGAGGGGGUUGCCCCAUGGAUCUUCAAAGGAUGGUCUUCAGAAAGGGAUCUCAGGAACCUCAAACUCCAGCGACAAGGAGGAUGACAGGGAGAAGGAAUUUCGGCGUGCAGCCACGCUAUUUGGUUUGAAAGAGGUCAGUGAUGAUGAGGAAUGGACUCUGUGCUGGAGUGACUACUCGGUGUCUUUGGACAAAGCCAUGGAGCUAAGGCGUUACCAGAAAAUCAACCACUUUCCUGGGAUGAAUGAGAUCUGCAGGAAGGAUUUGCUGGCCCGGAACUUAAAUAGAAUGUUAAAGCUAUAUCCAAAAGAUUACAACAUUUUCCCUAAAACCUGGUGUCUACCAUCUGAGUACCAUGACUUUGUGGCCUACUGUCGAAGCAGGAAGACCAAAACGUUCAUAUGCAAACCCGACUCCGAAUGUCAGGGACGCGGAAUCUUCUUGACUCGGAACACCAGCGAUGUGAAGCCAGGGGAAGACAUGGUCUGCCAGGUCUACAUUCCCAAGCCAUUUAUCUUGGAUGGAUUCAAGUUUGACCUCAGACUCUAUGUCUUAAUUACCUCCUGUGACCCGCUGCGGAUUUAUUUCUACGACGAAGGCUUGAUCCGUUUUGCUACCAUGAAGUAUUCUGAACCUACUGAAAAAAAUUUAGAGGACGUCUGCAUGCACCUCACCAACUACUCCAUCAACAAGCACAGCAAGAACUUUGUCCGCGAUGAAAUCAAAGGCAGCAAGAGAAAGCUCUCCUUCUUUAACCAAUACAUGGAGAACAAUGCCUAUGACCUGGAGAGGCUAUGGAACAGUAUUGAAGAUGUCAUCAUCAAAACCAUUCUGGCAGCGUAUCCAGUCCUGAAACACAACUACCUCACCUGCUUCCCAAAUCACGUGUCGGGAAGUGCUUGCUUUGAGAUCCUUGGCUUCGAUAUCUUGCUGGACCAGACGCUAAAACCGUGGCUGCUGGAGGUUAAUCAUUCACCCAGUUUUACGACGGACUCCAAACUGGAUCAAGAGGUGAAGGAUAACCUUCUUUACGACACACUCUGCAUGAUUAAUCUUGCCGCCUGCGAUCGGCGGAAGGUCUUGGAGGAAGAGAGACGUAGAACCAACGAGCGGUUGCUUCACAUCUACCGGUCAAGGGAGGACAGAGCCGACGAGAUACGAAGCAACCAAGCUGCCUGGGUGGAGCAGAUGGAAAAGUAUGAAGAUGAAAACCUGGGGAACUUCAAAAGAAUUUACCCGAAUGAAACAUCAGAGAAAUACGAGAAGUUCUUGAAAUGCAAACAUUCCCUUUUCCAAGAAACGGUGGCCUCCAAGGCUCGGGAAGAAUGCGCCAGGCAGAUGCGCCAGGAGAUCCGGCAGAGGCAGGAGCAGAAAGAAUUUCUUCUUAAAGGGCGGAAGUGCCUCGAAAAGAACCUGCGGGGAGAGUCCCAGAUCCAGAAGAAUCCCUCUCCGUUGAUCUUGGUGAAACCAAAGUCACCAGAGGAGCUGCAGAUGCUUAUUCCCUCCACUCCUACUAGCCAAGUUGCAGUAACAGUCUCCAGUGCAAGCCAGCAGCAAGUGGGCGAAGCGGGGAAAGAGGACGCGGAGAUUAGGAGCGAACUGUCUCCGGGCAGCGCAGAUGUCGACUCGGGACCGGUGGCCGAAGAGCAGGAUCCCGAACCCAAAGCCUUCGCCACCGAAUGCUCCCCGGAAAUCCAAAGCCGAUCCCAGGUGGAGCGGAAGGAGCUGGGCCAGAGGCUGGAGCAGCCGGAAGGCCCAGUGGCAACCUCGGCUGUGCUAGUUGUCGAAGAGCAGGAUCCUGAACCAAAAGCCUUCGGCACCGAAUGCUCCCCGGAAAUCCAAAGCCGAUCCCAGAUGGAACCGAAGGAGCUGGACCAGAGGCCGGAGCAGCCGGAAGGCCCAGUGGAAAUCUCGGCUGAAGCACAACCAGAGGAGGAUGCUGAGACAUUACCAGUAUCCCAGUCAGAGGCAUUUGUCCAAACGCUCCAGAGCUCGGCUGAGGAAGAGGUUCGAAGGCAGACUUUGUCAGACGUCAGCGGCCAGAUUUUGUCAGAGAGCUCAGACAAGGUUCAUCGGGAAGCUGCGGACAAGUCCCGGCCAGACACCCAUGACCAGUCUCAAGCAAAGGCCUGUAAUCAGCCCCAGGCAGAGUUUCAAGAGCAGAGCCAGCCAGAGGCCCGAGGCCGUGGCCAGUCACCGCCCCAGUGCCAGAUGCAACUGGAGGACCUCGACCAACCUCUUCAGGAGGCCCUGGAUCAGGCUGAGUCAGAGAGUUGUGGCCAGACUCGAGUAGGCGCUAGAGGCCAGGCCCAUGAAGAAGAAGCCUGUGACGAGAUCCAUGCUGAAGCCUGCGAUCAGAUUCAAGACCAGCUUCGAGAUGAGGCCCAGAGCGGUGCCAAAAGUGCCGUGAACCAUGGUCAUUCUCAGGUCUGUGACCAUCUUCGCCAGGAGGCUGGAGACCAAGUUGAGCCUCAAUCCCUGCACCAUCCUCAGUCAGAGGCCCAGAACCAAGACCAGGCCUGGAUUCAGGCGCAUCUGAAGGGCCAUGGCCAGGGUGAGGCAAGCGCCCAAGACCAACUUCUGCACAAGGCCCAAAACCAGGUUUGCGAUCAGGUCGAAAUCUUGGCCAAGCACGAGACCCAUGGUCAAGUUAAUCUUGAGGGCAAAGAACAACAACCUCACCAUGAGGCCCAAGCCCGACUUCAUGGCGAGGUCCAAGAAUUGGAUCAGCAUGAGGGCCAGGACCAUGAGGCCAAUGACCAUUUUCAUCGUGAAGCCCAAGAUCAGGUUCAUCAUGAAUCCCAGGGCCUGGAUCAGCAGGAGCUCCAAGACCCGGUCCAACUGGAGUCCCAGAUACAGAAGGGGACACACACAGGAUCCCAGGCAGCAUACAAUAAAAUAUUAGACGCACAGCCAGUGGAUCAGUUGGACACCAUGGCCCAGACCCAAAGGGAAAUUCAAGAACAACAAGCGGACCAAUCCCAACCAGAGGCCCAGGCUCAGCAUGAGGCCCAACUGGACGAAGGGCAACUUCAACCUAGAAACAAAUUUCCAAUGGAGAUCAAUGUACAGCCCAUGAUAUGGGCCCAGCCGGCAUUUAUUUCACCCAAAGAGAAUGUGACCAGUUCAGAUAUCUAUGAAGAGAUUGACAAGCAGAGCGAGAUCAAUGAGGAGGAGGCCAAGGGAGAGGACUCCUUAAGCAGCACGUCUCAGAAAAGCACAGAGCAGGUUCGGAGCUCAGGCCGAUUGCAGCUUGAGACCCAGAGUUCCCUCAGGUUCCAGUUCUUGGCCAAUGUCAAGCCCCAAGAUCGUUCCGAGGUCCUGCCUUUAAUUCCAGGUGGGCAGAAGGUGACGAAGGAGACCUUGAACACACCACUCGACGUUACCUUCACCUCACAGAUGAUCAGGAAGGUGUCCAUGGCCCUGAGACGCAAUCGCAACAAGGUGUGCCCGCCAAAUGAUAUCAAUUCCUUUGUGCGGACUAAUGCCGCAGAGAACACGAUGGAGGAGAUUUCAAACUCGAGUGCGGAUCAGCACGAGACAAACUGCAGCUGCUGGAGAAGAACUUGCAUGACAGACAGAAUCUUCUGCAUGGGUCGAUUACGGGACAAUGAGAUGAAACCCUGUCUCAAGAACCAGCCCAAGCUCCGGAGAAGCAAAGUCACCGAAACGUUUCCAAUCCCCGAGAGGGCGAUUGAGGACAAGAGCCGACACAACCUGUGCGUGGUGUCAUCCAAAGCUCCCACCAUCCUACGCCUUGUCCAUCCGACAACACUCAAGAUUAGACAAAAGGAUCACAACAACAUUGGCAGGCGAUAA